CCGUCCUCUCAGCCGCCCCUCUCUCGGCCCCCUACUUGCCCACCAUGGUCCGCGUCUCUGUCCUCAACGACUGCCUGAACAACAUUGUCAACGCCGAGCGCCGUGGCAAGCGUCAGGUCCUUGUCCGCCCCUCCUCGAAGGUCAUCGUCAAGUUCCUGAGCGUCAUGCAGCGCCAUGGUUACAUUGGCGAGUUCGAGAUCGUCGAUGACCACCGUUCGGGCAAGAUCGUCAUCCAGCUCAACGGCCGUCUGAACAAGACUGGUGUCAUCUCGCCCCGCUACAACGUCCAGGUCAACCAGAUCGAGGCGUGGGUCAACUUGCUCCUCCCUGCUCGUGGGUUCGGCAUUAUCAUCCUGACGACAUCGUCGGGCAUCCUCGACCACGAGGAGGCGCGUCGCAAGAACGUCGGUGGCAAGCUCCUGGGGUAUGUCUACUAGAUGUACAUGUAUGUUUUAUGCUUUGUGUAGGUCGUACCUCCCAUCCAAAAAUGAGCAGGCCGUUUGGGGGCCACCAUGCGUCAUGAACGACAUUUCC